AUGGCUUCCAAUUUGCAGCGAUGGGUUCUCCUCCACCUCCUCCCUGCGGUGAUUAGCUUGGCCGCGGCGGCGGUGUUCGAUGAGAACUUCAGUCCAGUAGCGGGUAUAGAUAGUCGUCACCUUGUCAAUGAGGGGACACAAGUUCGUCUCGUCAUGGAUAAAAGUGCCGGUGCUGGACUUAUGUCCAAGGUGACAUAUGGCUCAGGAAUGUUCCACUUGAGGAUGAAGAUACCCGGCGGGUACACGGCCGGAGUUGUAACAUCCUUCUAUCUCACGUCUGAGCCUGAGUACGGCGACCACGACGAGGUGGACUUCGAGUUCUUGGGCAACGUGGAAGGCAAGCACGUCGUUUUCCAGACCAACGUCUUCCUAAACGGCGUAGGCUUAAGGGAGCAGCAGUUCGACCUGUGGUUCGACCCGACGGCCGAUUUCCACGACUACAAGAUCCUCUGGAACCAACACCAGCUUGUGAUGUUCAUUGACGAGACGCCGGUGCGGGUGAUGAAGAACCUGGCGGGUCGCGUGCCAGGGUACCAGUUCCUGACGAGGCCGAUGAAGAUCCGGGCGAGCAUCUGGGACGGCUCCGCCUGGGCGACGGCAGGCGGCAGCAUCAAGGUCGACUGGAACCGAGCGCCGUUCACCGCCGUGCUACAAGGGUUCAACGUCGACGCCUGCCCCAGCGCCGGAGGCCCGCAGUGCAGCUCGCCGGCCCUGCCGUGGAACGCGAUCCAGAGAGUGACGCCCGCGCAGCAGGCGGCGUACAAUAACGUGAAGGGCAAGUACAUGACCUACGACUACUGUCGCGACAAGGCGAAGUUCCAUGGCUGUCUGCCGGUAGAGUGCGGCUACAACUGA